GGGCGAGUCCCCGCGCCACCUGUGCACACUCCCGCUUCCCCGCGCCCCGCGGCGUGUCCAGCCGUCCCCGGACCUGGGCCUGGACCAGCCUCUGGCGGUUAGAGUUUAAUUUGGAAACGUUCGAUUUUGUUCCUGUGUGUGUGUGUGAAUAAUCGUUUUACUACGGCCGUGCAACAGUUGUGCAAAUCUGGUCGAAUUACGCCAUCGUCAUUACUUGCUCCCGAGAAGGCCCUUUCCAGCUCCUUCGGUUUUCUGACGCGAUGAUUGUUGGUAGCUCGCGGGAGAAAUGCAUAACACGAUACUGGUUCUCAAGGGACUGGAAUGGUUUUCGCCCCAAAAUGGAGCAUCCUUUUUAUUUAGUUAGUUAGUUUACUGCAGCAAAAUACUACGGGGGGAAGACGGGGGCGUGAAGAAAACCCGUAGUAAUCUCAUCCUCAGUAGAGAAUUUUACAGUUUCGAGUGUAUCUGUCCAUUCUUUUUAGAUGUUUACCAGGAUUCAUAUAGCGGAUGAAAUGCCUGCCCUUUUCUGCUCACGAUGCUGGUUUAAUUGAUUUAUUUUCCCCUUCAGUGUGGGAAUUCAGAAAAUCAAAGCUUUCAAAUAAAAGUAAUAGCUUUGAGUAUUCAAGGACAGUAGCCAUUUUGGUUAUUCAACAUGCAGAGGAAACAAGGAUAUUGCAGCUAUUGCCGUGUGCAGUAUCCUAACCUGGAACAGCAGACCCUCACUAAAGGAAAAACUAAAAGGAGUUCUUCAGGCAGAAGGAAAAUGAUUCCAGAUGGAAGCUCAGAGAUACAGGAAGUAAUGAAGAGCAAUGGAAAGCAUUUGUUCAGUGCUCAGCACAGAAGCUUGACCAGACAGAGUAGACGUCGGAUAUGUACCAGUAGUUUGAUGGAACGUUUCUUGCAGGACGUACUGCGACACCACCCAUAUAAUUAUCAAGAGAACAGAGCAUCACAAAAUGAGAUGUCUAUGAAUGCUGCAUCACCUGAAGUGGUUCAUUUGGAAGACUUCUUUUCUGAAGAAUAUGUGGAGGAUACUCCUGAAACCAUAGGAGAAACACUCUCUGAGAGUUCUGAAUCUGUUGAAGAGUUAACUUCUGAACCUAGUGAUCAAUCACAGGAGCCUGUAAAGGAGAUAGCAGUUCGACCAUCAGUUAUUCAAAAACUGGAGAAGGGACAGCAGCAGUCCUUGGAGUUUGUUCAUAAAAUUGAGAGUGGUAUGAAAAAAAUAAAUCCGGUAGAUAUUGGUCAAGCUACAAGUAGUGGGAAAAAUCCAGUACGUCCCCCAGUGAUUUGUAAUGCUCCUGCUAGUUGUUUAACUGAAAGAUCUUAUGAUAGACCAGUUGCGACUACUACUGCUAGGCUACCACUAGCAGUCCACUUGGAUUCAGUUAGCAGAUAUGACACAAACAAAGUUCACAAACACCUUGAACAACUAGACAUGUUCUCUAGAAAUCCUGUGCCAUCUGCCCAUGUAGAAACUUCAGUUUCAAACAAGAAUCCUAAAGAAUCAAAUAGGAAAUCUUUAAGUGUAAAUUCUGAUAAGUUGGUUUUACAGAAAGAUGUGAGAUCUCAGGGUGAGUUGUCACCUGGCUUUAAAUUCUGUGAACUUAAGGGUACUGAAAAUUCUGUAAGAGUUAAAUCUUCUUUCAGAGUAGCAGUUAACUCAGCAGUAAAUCUGAAUAAAACUGACAAGCCUUCUGAUAAGGGAAUCUUUGAAGAUGCCAUUCCAAAACACCAUGAGGAAUUACUUUCAAAUAUGGAUUGUAGCCAAGAAGAAGAGCAUUUGGUUUUUAAGAAGUCAUCAUUUUUGAAACAAAAGUUCUCAGUGAGUUCUGAAGCGAAGUUUGAUUGUGGUCCUCUUCAGUCAGCAUCUGAUCAAUCCCAAGAGGCUGUCCAAGACUUAAGCCUUUGGAAGGAAGAGCAAGUUGACCAAGAAGAUGAGAACUAUGAAUCCAGAGGUUCUGAAAUGAGUUUUGAUUGCGGUUCUUCUUGUCAUUCACUGACUGAUCAAUCUGAAAUGUCUGACAGAGAAAUAAACCUUUCAGAGGAAACACAUGCUGAUUUACCACAUAAGAAUAAAAAGUCUUGUGUUUCUGAAAAAAGUUCUGAUCGUAAUGAUUCUCUUCAGGCAGUUACCAAGCAAUCACAAGUUUUUGUUAAAGAAGGAGGGCUUCAGAAGACAGCGCGCAUUAGCCUGGUUGACGAAAGCUAUGAAACUAGUGGUUCCGAAAUGAAUUCUGAUUGUGAUGAAGACUUACCUCAGUCAGCUAAAAAGUACCGCCAACAGCCUGUGAAAGAAGUAGACCUUCCUCACAUUAGUUUGGUUGAUAGGGACUAUGGAUGGACCAGCUCUGAAUCAAGUGCUGAUUCCAUUUUCUCACUUGAGUCAGUGGUUAAUGAGUCCUCAGUGGUUGUUACAGAAAAGCAAGUUUGGAAGAAGGCUCACAUUAGGUUGGUUGAUGCAAGCUAUGGAUCCAGUUGUUCUGAGUCAAGUUUUGAUUGUGAUACUUCACCUCAUUCAGUAGUUGACCAACCUCAAGUGACUGUCAAAGGAAAAAAACCGAAACACAGACACGUCCACCUAAAAAAUAAGAAACGUAAACCCAGUCGUGCUAAAGCACAUCUUGAUUGUGAUGUUUCUCUUGAGACAGUGGCUGAUGAACCCCAGAGGGCUGUUGAAGGAAAAUAUCUUCUGAAAGCGAAGAAUGCUGACCUUGUGGAUAUGAACUGUGAGUCUCAUGGUCCUGAAAUGGGUUUUCAUGCUGAUGCUCAAUUAGUGGCUGAUCAAUCUCAAGUAGCAGUUAAAGAAGUAAACCCUCAGAAAGUAGAUAAUGACCUAGAGAAUAAGAGUAUUCAAGCUAGCAUUUCUUAUCUAAGUUUCGAUUCUCAUGCUUUUCUUUAUCAGUCAGCUAAUGAUCAACCUCAAGGGGCUUUGGGUGAAGUAAAUCUUAAAGAGUUAAAUGUCGACAUGGAAGUUAAGAGCUAUGGGUGCUCCAGUUCUGAGUUGACAUUUGAUUCCGAUUCCCCUCUUCUGUCAGUUACUGAGCGGUCUCAGCUGGAUGUUGAAAGAAUAAAAGAAGAUCACAUUAACCUGGAAGAUGAGAGCUGUGAGUCAAAUAGUUCUGACAUAACUUUUGAUUCUGAUAUUCCUGAUUGCUCAGUAGUUGACCAACCUGAAGUAGCUGUUGGUGAGGAGGAACCUGUUGAUCUGGAAAAUAAGAGUAAUGAAUCUUGUAUUUCUGAAAUAACUUUUGAUUCUGAUAUUCCCCUUCAUUCAGGAAUUGAUCAUCCUGAAGUAGCUGUUAAAGAAGUAAUCAUUCAGGAAGAAGAAUACGUACAUUUAGAAAGGAAGAAUGACAAACCCAAUGAUUCUGAAAUAAAUUUGGAUUCUUAUGCCCCUCUUCAUUCAGUGACUAAUCCUCCCGAAGUAGCUGAUAAAAAGCUAAGUCCACAAAAAGAAGAGCAGGUACUCUUUAAAAACAAGGAAAAUGAGCCUGCUGAUUCUGAAUUAAAUUUUGCUUAUAAUACCAUUUUUCCUUCAAUGACUGGACAUUCUGAAGAUUCCUUUAAAGACAUAGACUUUCAGAAAGAAGAGCAUAUACACUUUGAAAAUCAGAUUAAUGAAUUAAGUGUUUCUAAAACAAGAUUGGAUUCUGAUAUCCCUCUUCACUCAGUGAUUCACAAACCAGAAGUAGUUGUUAAAAAUAUAUGGCUUCAAAAAGAAAAGUAUGCUGAAUUCCAAGGUAAAAAUGUUGAACUUAGUUGUUCUGAAAUAAAUUCAGAUUCUGAUAUCCCUCACCCUGUGGCAGAACCUCACAUAGCCGUUAAGAGAAAAGAGAAAAGGAAGCAUAUUAUAGAAGCGAAGAGUCCUUAUCUUGGUGAUUCUGAACUACUUUUCAGUUCUGACAUCCUUCCUCAGUCAAUAGCUGAAAAACCUCAACUAGCUGUUUUGAAGAAGGAUCAUAUUAACCCAGAACGUCGAAGUACUGUACUUAAAGGUUUUGAAAUAAAUGUGAAUAUUGAUGCCUCUCUUCAUUCAGUCACUGACCAACCUCAGCUGACCCUUUGGAAGGAAGAACAUGUUGAUCUGAAAGAUAAAAGUAGCAAACCUAGUAAUUCUAAAAUAAAUUUCCAUCCUGUUGACUCUCUUCAGACUUCACUUAAACGUCCUGAAGUGAUUAAGAGUGUAAGCCUGUGGAAGGAAGAGACUGUUGCCCUGGAAAAUAAGACUGAUGAACCUCGUGGUUCUGAGGCAAUGCAUGAUACUGAUGUUUCUCUUCAGUCUACAGCUGACCAACCCGAGGUAGCUAUUAAACAAACAAACCUUGCGAGUGAAGAUCAAAUGUAUUUGGAAAUUAAAAAUAGUCAAUAUAGUUCCGAAACAAGUUCGGAUUCUGAUUUCUUAGUUCAGGCAGUAGUUGAUCGACCUCAAAUAACUGUUUUGGAGCCAGACCACUUUGAAGUAGAAGAUAAGCACAAUCAAGCUUGUGAUUCUGAAGUAAGUUUUGAUUCUGAUGACUCUAUUCAGUCAGUGACUGACCAGGUCAGUGAAACUGUUAAAGAAAUAAAUCUUUGGAAGGAUGAAGACAUUGACAUGGAAGAUAAGAGGGAUGAAGCCAAGAGUUUUAAAAUUGUAUAUGAUUCUGAUAUAGAUGUACUUCAGCCAGCAGCUGGCCAAGCUGAAGAAGUAGUUCCAGAGAUCAGCCUUUGGAAAGAACAUGUUGACUUGGGAGAUAAAAUUGUUAAACCUAGUGAUCCUAAAAUAAAUUUUGAUUCUGACAAACCUCUUCAAUCUGUGACUAAUAAAAUUCAAGAGCCUGCUAAAGAAAUAAAUCUAUCAAGAGAAGGACAUGUUUGUCUGGAUGAUAAGGGCUAUGAACCUGAUGGUUCUAGAAUAAUAUAUUUUUCAAAUAUCCCUUUUCAGUCAGUGAUUCAGCGAACACAGACUUUGGAAGAGGGACCUGCUAAUUUGGAGGUUAAGAGCAGUGGUCCUUGUGGUCCUGAAAUACAUUUUGAUUCCAGUGAUCCUUGUCAGUCAAUGGCUGGCCAGCUGCAGGAAACUGUCAAAGAAAUCAAUCUGAAGGAAGACCAUAUUUACCUGGAAGAUAAGAGCUAUAAACUAGUUGAUUGUGAAGCAUGUUAUGAUUCUGAUGUUCCUGUUCAGUUUGUAGCAGAUCAAUCUCAUGUGUCUGUCAAAGAAAUAAACUUACAAAAGGAGGAUCACAAUGACCUAGAAAAUAACAACUACACACCUUGUUGUUCUGAAAUAAGAUGUGAUUCUGGUGUUCAUCUGCAAUCAGAAGUUGACCCAUCUCAAAUGGCUUACAAAGAAACAAACUUUCAGAAGAGAGAACUUCUUGGUAUGGAAGAAAAGUCCAAUGAACCUAGUGAUUCUGAAAUGAUGUCUGAUUCUGAUGUCUCUUUUCAAAUAGUAGUUAACUCAUCAUCCCAAAUGUCAGAUGGAGAAUCAGAUUCUCCAGAGGUGGUGUUUGUGGAUGUGAUGGCUAGUGAUAGUGAUUGUGAUCGUGAAGUAAUAUCUGAUUCUAAUGUCCCUCUUGAGUUAGUGACUGACCCACCUCAUAUGACUAUCCCAGAAACUAGCUGUAUAAAUGCAGAACCUGUUGAUGUGGGAAAUAACUAUUGUAACUACUGUGGUUCUCAACUAAGAAAUGUUUCUGAAGCAUCUUCUCACUCAGUGGCAAGCCAACCCAAAGAGUCUUUCAGAAUAAUAAACCGGAAGAAUGACUAUAUUAUUCUGGGAGAUUCUACUUGCCAGUCAUGUGGUUAUGAAAUAGAUUUUAAUGGUGAUGCCUCCGAUCAGACCAUGACUUACCAGUCACAAGGGCUUGACGUGGAAGAUAAGAGUUGUGAAUAUAGUGGUUCUGAAAGAAAUUUUAAUUUGGAAAAUAGUUCUCAGCCAAUGACUCAUCAACUUCAGCAAACUGACAAGGAAGACAACCUUUGGAAAGAACUAAAAGAUAAGAGCUGGGAAUCUAGUGUUUCUGCAGCAGGUUCCGCUGCCGCUUCUGCAGCAGGUUCCGCUGCCGCUUCUGCAGCAGGUUCCGCUGCCGCUUCUGCAGCAGGUUCCGCUGCCGCUUCUGCAGCAGGUUCCGCUGCCUCUUCUGCAGCAGGCUCCGCUGCCGCUUCUGCAGCAGGUUCCGCUGCCUCUUCUGCAGCAGGUUCCGCUGCCUCUUCUGCAGCAGAUUCCGCUACCUCUUCUGCAGCAGGUUCCGCUACCUCUUCUACAUCAGUGAUCCGUCAGACAACAGUUAGAAAGGGUGUUUUGAAGUCAAGACGUAGAGAUCAAGAAAGUACGAGUUGUAAAUCUUGCUCUGAGAUGGGUUUUCAGUGUGAUCCCUCUCAUCAUUCUGACACUAACCAGCCUCGAGAUGCUGUUAAAAAACGCUCAGUUAAGAGGGUAACUUUUGACUUAGGAGAAAAGAGCCGUGAUUCUCAGUCAGACUCUGCUCCCAUGGUUGAUUCUGGAAAAAACCUGGAAAAAGACAAGGUAGUCAUGGAUGAUCCUGAUGAACCAGUUAUUGAGGCCUCGCCACAUGUACCUCCUUCAUUUGUGGGGAAAACAUGGUCUCAAAUAAUAAGAGAAAAUGACUCAAAAAUUAAUGCCCUUGUGAAAGAAUUUAAGGAAGGUCGUUUUCGCUGUUACUUUAAUGAUGAAUCUAAGAUCAAAAACAUUGCUUUGAAUAAAGAAAAACAGACUACCUGGCCUGUCUUUAAUCAGGCCACUGCAUCAGUUCAAACUGUGUCAAAUCAUGAUGAUUUUGCAGGUGGAAUUUCUGCAGAUGUUGAUAACUGUGCAGUGGCCGUAGAGAAACCAUGCUGUUACUAUGCUCUAGCAGAGAGGUUUCUUUCUAAACAAAGUUGGCAUGUGGCUUCUCAGAGCCAGACAGAAAAAGUCAGCCAUGGAACUCAAACCAGUUUUGUGACUUACCCUUUGAAGAAAAGAAAAAUAGUUAGACAAGAGGAAGACUCACCAAAAAAAAAGUGUUUGCAGACUGACAGAAAAGAAAAAAAAAAUGUCCAGAUUGGAACAGUUGAAUUGCCUGCAUCGCAAACUAAAGUUUUGGAGUCCGUACAUCUCAAACCUGUAGUUCGUGUUCUUUCUUCUCUAAAUGUUAAACCGAAGGAAGGUGAGCCCUGCAGCUCGCCUAAAGUGAACCACUGUGCUUGUGAUAAUGAUCUACAGUUUCUGUGCAAAUAUAAACAGGGUAACCGUAAUUGCCCGUCACUUCUGAAAAUUGUAAAUACUCUUCCACCGAACCUGGUGAUAUCAGAGUCUGACAUGUGUAAGUGUAACAUUCAUCUUCAUGAGAGUGACUUAAACUCUAGUGCAGGAGAGAAUGAUGCUGUACAAAACCUUGCUUCAACAUCUCAUAUGAUAAUACCAGCAAGAUAUGAAUUGAGGUCACGUCGUGGGACCAGUGAAUCUUCUACAUUUCUAGAAAAUUCAGAGGUGGUAAAUGCUAGUGAGGUUCCAGAGGGAGGUAAUUUCCAGCUAACUCUUUUAAGUCAUGGUGUUGCCAAAAUCUCUCCAAAAUUGGUCAGAAAUGAGUUUUUUGAAAGUAAAAGUAAAAAGAAAAUUCAGAGAAGGAAUGUUAUGACAACUAGUAAAAACCCAAGUUUUCCUAAAAAGCUGUUUAAAGCAAUUAUUCUCCGUCAGAAAGCCAGAAUAGCUUCAGAAAAAUGGUCAGUUUGGAUUCGGACCAAAGUAAAUGACAUAAUUAGAAAAUACAUUUCAAAAUACUCAGCUUUUCUGCGUCAUAGAUACCAGUCCAGGACCACUUUCUUUGGAAUACAUCUUAAGAAGAAAACAUCAGGUGCCAGUAGGCUAGAAGAGGUAGAGAAAUCAACCCAAACGCUUUUGGACACCUCAGUUCCACCAGCUGGUGCUAAAGAGAAGCUAAGGGCUAUCGUGAGUCCUCUGAAGCAACCUGUGCAGCAUGCUUCCAGAGCUGUAGGAAGAAAGAAGCCUAAAAAAAGUCACCGUCGCAAAAAGAAAAGGCCUAUACCUGUUAGAGAAUACGAUCUGAGAAGUUCAUGUUACAUACCAGAUUCUGAUAGAAUGAUGACUCGGCUCUCAAGCAAAUUGAAAAGUAAUGAGGUAAAAUAGAAAUUUUUGUGUUACGUCUGGUUGAGGAUUCAGUACUUCAAUUGAAAUACAUUUGGUACUUUAGUGCACAUAGCUUUCCCAACUUUGGUGGGAAAACUAACCUUAAACUAUUUUGCUAUAGAUAUUAUUUUUCAGAACUUUUAUAUUCAUUUACAAUUAGUGUCUAGGGUCUUUUUUUUUUUAAGAUUCAGAAGCAACCUUUGUCCAACAUUUUCUGUAGAAGAGCUUCAUCUUAAUUUGUCAUGAUAUAAUUUAGCGCAGUAUAUAGAAUUUUGUCCCUCAAAUUGUCCUUAUUUAUUUUUUUAUAAUCUCUCUUGUGCCAGCAAGUUAUAACAUUAGGAGAAUGAAAAUAACAAACUUACUAAUGCCAUCUUCUUUUAAAAAAUUGAGACAAAUGCAUAAGUACUUACAUUCUAUUUCAGAGAAGCAUUGUCAAUACAGUAUUCUAACUGGAUAAUUACAAAGAAGGAACUACAAUACCAACUAUCUCAACUUUUAAACAGGGUUGACUUAAACUAUCACAAACAAAAUAUAAUUUAUCUUUCUCUUAAAAGCAUUCCAGAGAAUGAGAUUUGAUAAUCUUCAAUCCAGUUUUUAAAAAGUGCCUGGUGAUUUUAUAGAUACAAUACAAAUUCCUUCUGCUUCAUUUAAAUUGGAUCUGCAAGUCUGUAACUUUCCUCAUUUGGACAUGGACUCAUAAGACUCCUCUUUAGCAUUCUUAGCUCUUAAGGGGAAAAAAUUUUACUAGCGUGAUUAGGCUUUUUAACCACCUUUACUACCUUUUACAAAGAAGGUUGGUGGUUUAAUAUAAAAAUCUAGUUAAUUUUAUGGCCUUAUCCCUUUAAAAUAUCUUAGACAUUACUCUACUUACCACUUUUAAUAAAUUGAACUGGAAUUAUUGGCUUGGUAACAUUAUUUGGGGAGGCCAUUAAUUAUUGUCAUUAGUAAAUUACUUAAUAUUUCAAAAAAUUGAAUAAAACUGGUAACCUAAAUGGAGGCCCAUUUUGCAAGUGGAAACCCAUAGCAUGUUAGUUUAUCUUAAAUUAUCAAAUUGGUUAUCCUAAACUUAGAUAACCAAUUUGAUAGUUUAUCUUAAACUAACUGAUUUUAAUAGAUUAAAUAAAAGAUGUGAAGAUACACAGCAUAAGUCUAGAGUACUUGAGCAUAUUCAGAUCCUUUAUUCAGGACAUUGGUUAAACUGGUACAUAUUAAUCCAGUUAUCCUGUUAAGCCAAGAUCCUGAAUCUUUUUCAGUCAUUGAUGUUAAGGGGAAACAUGAUUUCACCUAUACUGUGUAACUACUAUAUUUUAUCGAAACUAGAGUCAGUGUUAAGAUGUGUCUUGAUUUCAGAGAUUAAAAAAUGUGUUACCUUAGAAUUAAUGAACUAUAAAUGUGGUUUUGUUUCAGGGGCCAUUAUUUAACCUGUGGGUGUGUGAUGAUGGUGUUUUGAUGUAAUUUCUUUACUUCUAAAUUUAAACAUAAUUAUGUCAAAAAAGUGGACAAAUGUGGUGUAUCUUUUAGUUGCAAAGCAACAUAUAUAGCAUUUCUUCAAACUUGCCUCCUUACAUACAAACGUUUUAAUUUCCUUUCUUAAAAUAUCACUGUGGGCCUCUAGUUCACAAUCAUCCUCCAAAUUUAAUUUAGAAAGAAAGUUCUGUCCUACUAAUUAGGAAGUAAACGAACAAGCCGAUAUGUAAAAAUACUCAGAUUGGGGACUGAUGUCUUUUUUUCCCUAUGAAAUAGACACACAGCUCCCUUAGGGUUCUAUUAAUAGACAUUCUUUAAGUGUAAGUGUAAGCAUAAAAGCAAGAGUUUAUACGGAAAUAAUACACUAUGUAAAUAUUACAAAUUCUGUCUGUUGUGAUUACAUCAUGGGGAGAGGCAAGUGAUCAAGAAUAAAAGUUAAAAAAAAUGUUGCCACCAUUUACACAUUGGAAGCUCUUCUAAGUACCUUUUUAAGGGACAAAAGGAAAAACGGUUGUAUUUAAAAUCUACAUUAACAUAAGUACAUUACAACACUGAUGAUUUUGUUUAACAUCUUGGAAAUGUUUACUAAGUUCUUAUAACCAUCAUUAUUUUAGGCAAGCUUGAAAACUUGAUAUUGUAAAAAUUAUAACUUAAGUUAAAUUGGAAAUGAAUUACUUUCAGAAUUUGAUAGGAUACAAGAUGUGCCCCUUUGUCUAAAUAAAUGUUGGCUUAAUUUGCAGAUUAAAUAAAACAAUUGGUGAUUUUGUGUAGUCACGAAUGCAUUAUAUUCUUUUCAUAGUAAAAAGUCAAAUUACAACCAUAAUGAAUAUUUUAUCAAUCUUGUCCUUUUUCAGUAUCUUGCAUAGAUUUUUAUUGUAAUUGUCCUGAGUUAUACAGUAUGUGGACAAUAUUGUGUAAUGUGUGUUUUUGCAUUUGUGCAUUUAAAUUAUUUAUGUAACUAGGGCUCUGAGUAACACUUUUUUUUUUGCUUAAAGAAAAGCUAUAUUUAAAUAUUCAAAUAAUUAUAUAUUUCCAUGUAAAACUAAUGUGAAGACUAAUGUAUUUUUUAUAAUGCAAUUUAAAGUGUAAACUUGUUUUUGAAGUUAUCAAGAUAAAAUUUAUUAAAUAUUGAAAUUUGUGUCUACUCUCUCCGCAUAUUAGAAGCCUUUCUGGAAAAACUUAAAGAAUCAGAGAAUAAUUAAAACAGAAGUACUUUUUAUAAAUGGUCUGAGAGAUAUUAAAUAAGAGAUUAUAAAUGUUGAUGCUGGUGAGAAAAUAGUUUAACCAAAGAUACACAGAUUAUAUUCAAAACAGUGAUUAUUUCAAAGAAUUAAAAUUAAACAACCAUUUAUUUAUCUGAUAGAAUGGUGGAUUAGCAACUUUUCUCUCUGUUUACCUGUAUUGAAAGUACCCAUGAAAAGGAUUGAGUUCAGGAGGCAUUUCACUGUUUGACACCUACUGGGAAGGGAAAAAUUUAGUGCCUCCAGUACCAUAGCCUGUAUUAUGAAAGACAGAAUAGUAUGGAAUGUACAUAUAUCAGUGAGAUAGGUGCUUUUGUCCUCAGUUUAAAAAACAAUUGCUAUCAUAGUGAAAGUCUUUCAGUAAGAACUUUUAUGGGUAGAAAAUAUGGAAAAUACUGAAAAAUCUUGUAUUUAUGGAAUUACAUGCCAAAAUGUCAACUUAAGAAUAUUUAGGAAAGGAAAAGAGACUGGGUACUACACGUUCCAGUAUUUCCUUAUCCUUUAGAGUCUAGAUAUUAAGGAAAUAACAAGAUAAUUUAGUAUAUUUUCCUUUGCCUCUUAUUCCCUAUAUGGUAUUUUUAAAAUUCUCCCAAAAUAUUUUAAGCUAUAUAUCUUAAGGAAUAGGUGUAGGAUGAAAUAAAAUUUGUCGCUGAAUCUUUAUUAUACUUUCUUUCUGUGUUUUUAAUUUAUUGCAUACAUGUUAUGAUAAAUUGCUUUCUGGUUUUAUUUAUUUUAAUACACUUUUAAAUGAGCCUGGAAAGAAAUUUAUUUUCCAGAUUCUCAAGCUCAGUCCUUCCUGAGUACAGCUCAUUGUUCUAAGCUUUACCUUUAUUCUCAUUCAAUCUUCAAAGAACCCUUACGAAUUGCUAUGACUAUUGCUAUUCGAUGAGAAAAUUGAGACAUAGUUUAUAUCAAUCUCCCCUUGACAUCCCCAGUUUUAGGCCACCAUUAUUCUAAUUUCUGUCUUUCUCGUUUUGCUUUUCUGGACAUUUCAUUUAAAUGGAACUAUAAAACAUGUAGUCUUUUGUGUUUGCUGCCUUUCAUUUACCAUGACUUUUUGAGGCUCACCUGUGUUGUAGCAUAUAUCUGUAUUUUGUUCCUUUUUAUUACUAUAUAGCAUUCACAGUUUUUAAUGAAACCAAUAACAAAACCCUGGUCUCCUGAUAACAAUUAUGAUAAGGUCAUUGGGUAUGAGGCUAGCUGUUCCCUUUAUGCCUCUUAUAUUUGUUGUUAUUGAUUAAUCCCCAAAUCCAAGACCAGAUAGGAUUAUUGCUUUUUUUUUUUUUGAGUGUUUUUAUCCCACAUUUCAAUGCUCUAUGCUUAUUUUACUGACCAUUUUGUCAUUUUUUCCCCCCUAUCUCAGUGAAUUUGCAUUUUCAGUGUCAACACAUUACCCCAUGUCCUCAAUCCUUUCAUGAUGGAUUGCUUGCAGGUAACUGGAAUUUGAGAAUCAUAUUCAAGUUGCAUAUUCUAAUCCACAUAUGCCACAGAACCAGAAAGUGUUCAUGGUGUACUGGUUGUGGUGAACACUCUUUUUAUUUUAAGUUACUCUCCUACAUACUUAAAAUACAUACCAUCAAAAUUAGGAAAUCAACAUUGAUGUGAUAGAAUCAUCUACUCUACAGACCUUAUUCAGAUUUUACAGAUUGUCCCAAGACGUCCUCUGUAGGUCCUGGAUUUGAUUCAGGAUUGAAAACUUCAUGGUUCUUUAGUUUCUUUCAGUAUGGAGCAGUUCUUCAGCCUUUCUCUGUAUUAAUAGCAUGGCAUUUUGAAGAUGAACUGGUUUCUUUGUGGAAUAUUCCUCAGUUUGAGUUUGUCUGAUGUUUCUUUGUAAUCUAUGCGUUUUUGGGAAUUCUGUGUUCUCAGUGUAUCUUAACAGAAGCCAUGUGAUGUCAGUUUGAAUAAAUGUGGU